CCGCCUCCAGUAUCGAUCAAAACAAACACCAGAGCGAACGUAUCGGUGAAAGUUUUAAAAUGAAAUUUUUACAAAUACUUUGUUUAAGUUCCCUGUUUUUGUGCGCAAAAUGUGGUCUUAUAAAGAAUUUUCUUGGCUCGGUAAGAGAAGAAGUCCACAAAUUGACUGAAGGAAAUGUUGUCGUUAAUACGGUGCAUGAAAUAGUGGAGGUAAAGAAAGACAUGAUUAGUGAUUUGAGCAACAUAAUCAAUCCAAAUAAUUAUCUGAAACCAAACAACAAUGAUCAGUCUAAUAAAAACACGCCACAACAAGUACAACCACACAACUCAGAUAACAAUGAUAUUUUGUUAUCAGUUUCGAAACCUACAAUUAAUUUAAAUGAAAUCAUUCCAUCGGUCAAUACUAAACCUUUACCAGGAAACGUUCCCAUACCAGAAUAUUCAGUAAUUAAUUCUAAUUCUAAUAAAGAAGAUCACAUCAUACAAACAUCAACAGAAUUAAUUAAACCAAUAUUUUUUAACGAAAACGCUAGCAAUAUUGAUAUAAAUGAAUAUGAAUUUGGAAUAGAACCGAGAAUAGCUCGCCAAAUAUCACCAUAUGAUUUGGAGGACACUACACUCAAACAAAGAGAUUCAGAUAAACUUGAUGUUGAAGAAACGAACCCUAACCAAAACGAAACUAUUAUCGAUGGCAAAAAUAUUGAUAUUAAUAGAGAAAAUGAGAACAUUAUGAUAAAUUUUGAUCCUCCACUAAACAACAGUAGUGUUAUUGUAACAGAAGUUGUAAAUGGAUGUCCUGAAGGUUUUGAAAUCGCUGCAGAUGGUUCAUGUAAUAUGUCGUUUGAUUUGAAUCCUGGAAACGACACGAAAAGUGAAGGGACGAAUAGAGCUAACUUCGUUGGCGGCUGCUUUGAAGGCUACGCACACGCUGCGGACGGCUCGUGCCAGGAAAUAAUUUACGAUUAGUUUUAAGAAAACCAAAUGAUUCUUGUAGGCCAUCGAAAUAGUUUUAGCAAACUUUUUCCAGACUUUAAGUGAAACAUUUGGCAACUAGCAAGUCCACCUAGUCCACACUUUACGAGUUACGAGCAAAAUGAUCGGUGUGAAUCAAGCUGGCCGAGCAUUUAGCUUGCGAGCUACUCAAGCCCAUAAACUUUGUUUAAGUAACAAUUUUUACACGACUUCUCAAAAAAGGAGUGUAAUGUUUUUAGAAUUCAUUUAUGUAGACCUACGUAUACCUGAACGUAUGUGAGUUCCUUUAUUUCACCAUAACUUUUAAAUGCCUGCACAGAUUUGGUAGCAUGGGAUAUCAUUAAAAUCAUCACGAGGGGCACAGUGAUAAAGUUUUGAAAAAAAUUGUUUUUUUAAUUCGAUUUUGGCCGGGCAGUCGGGUAUUUAAUUUUGUAGCUUGUGUAUGAUGGAUAUCUAGACUCUAGCAAACAGUUUUCACGCAAAAAAGUACGAGAAAGUUCCUACUAGUAUCCACUCAUCGGAACGUAAAAAGUUUUAUUGCAAAAGACAGAAUUACUUAGUAAUGUUUCAAUGAGUUUCUUAACUUUCUAAAAAUAUAUUUUAUUCGGUUAUUUUAUGUAUAUCCAAGAUAAGCGUCACGCUUUAGUUCUCGGAUAAAUAAAACCACUUUUUAUUUUUAAAUUAGUAGCCUAGUACGUAGGUACUUCAUUUUAAUUAGGUAAUAAUGAAAGACAAAAUUGUGUUGUACAUCUUAGAUUAGUUGUGUACAUAGGGGUACUUAAAAUAUGUAGAAAUCGAUUUUCGUAUGACACAAAAGUCCCAAAGUAACGU